GUUGUAUUAACGUAGGAUAAGGAUAAUUAUAUCUGUGCGGAAAAGUUUUGGAUGAUGAAAUGGAGUUCUCAGUGGCGCGUUUAUCUCUGGCUCUGAGAUCGAGUUUGACGUUCGGAGAGGCGCUAUGCGCGGUCUUCAUUCCGCUUAUUGGAAUCGUGGAAGCUGUUUUCUUCACCUUAGCUGGUUGCUUCGAUCUUCAUUCUCCCAAUAACAACAAUCCCUCUUUUUCCUUCCACCACGUUCUCACCCUCGCCAAUCAAUCUCCAUUUUCUGUUAAUGAAAUUGAGGCGUUGCAUGACUUGUUCAAGAAGUUGAGUAGUUCAAUCAUUGAUGAUGGCCUCAUCCACAAGGAAGAGCUCACAUUGGCAAUGUUGAAGACCACAACUGGCGAGAAUCUUUUCCUUGACAGGGUGUUUGAUGUCUUCGAUGAAAAAAAGAAUGGCGUAAUAGAAUUUGAGGAGUUUGUGCAUGCUCUCAGUAUCUUUCAUCCUUAUACUCCUCUGGAAAAGAAAAUUGAUUGUAAGACUUCAGUAAGAGUUUUUCACUUGUAUUUUUAUAUUAUCUAUUUUAUUUAUAUUAGUAUGCGUAAAAAUUAUCAAUAUUCUUUUAUUGGUUUUCUUGUAGUUGCUUUUAGAUUGUAUGACUUGAGACAGACUGGAUAUAUUGAGCGAGAAGAAGUUAGGCAAAUGGUUGUUGCCAUUCUAUCUGAAUGUGGCAUGGAUCUGGAAGAUGAAGCCCUUGAUACCAUUAUUGAUAAGACAUUUCAAGAUGCUGAUACUGACAAGGAUGAUAAAAUAAGCAAAGAAGAAUGGAAGGCAUUUGUUAUUCGACACCCAACACUCUUGAAGCACAUGACUCUACCUCACCUAAAGGACAUCACCACACUUUUUACCAGUUUCAUUUUCAGCACCCAAGUUGAUGAUUCCCACUGGCAUAUUAAUGGCAGUCAUAAACAUUGAGGAGUGGAAGCUUGUUCUGUUGCACCAGCUGUUGUUCUGAGAAGUAGAAUCCACUCUCCCAAAUCCCGUGUUCAUUCCAACGAGAGAAUUCAUGGAAGUGAAUCAAACCACCGAAGUGCGGUAAAAAUCUGAUUCAAAUUGAAUCAAAUUAUGGUUUGGUUUGAUCAGCGACUGUACAGCUCGUUUUGGUGCAGUGUACAAAAUUUAUUUGUACGAUAAAAAUCAUUUGAAAUAUUUAAAAUGAAAUGUGUUUAUUAUCAUAACUAAAAGGGUUUAACUAUAUUUACACAA